AUCAUUAGCCUUUUGGGAAGACAAUCAUGGAGGAAGAGGAAGAGGCAGAAUUAAGCAGCUCUCCGAUACAUUUCUCACGCGCUUUACACGGUCAGCUGGACAAAAGCGGAGUUGUUUCGGUCUCGGUGUUACUGCUGGAGUUCCGCUUCUAAAACUUUACCGUGGAUAAAGAACAGGGUUCUGGACUGGUUCGCAAAUAAUGGCGGAUAUGAAUCAGCUCGCCGGGUCUGACCCUAUAAAUGCAACUGGACAAAAACUACAAACACGGGCUUUCUCCAGGCAAAAAGAAAACCCCAAACGGCGAACUGCACAAACACGAGGUCCAAGCAGAAGCUAAAGAAAACAAACAUGAGGCCAAAAUGGCCCGACAAUUACAGUCAACAGUUAAGUCUUUUGGAAAUCCUGAAACUUCACGUUCUCCACACCGCAAUUCUCCUCUUAUUCCUAUUAAUGAGGAAAAUGUGUGUAAGGCCAGUGAUCAAACAAAGCAUGGGGAAGUGAAACUGACAGUGGAGAUCCAUUCUAAACCAGAAAAUAGUGGAGGGACCUCCUCAUUAGUACCUAAAGAGAAGACAGUUAAACCUCAAGAAAAAGACCAAACCUCUGAUGCCGCUCCUCCAAACAAAUCUGGACAUGGGACCUAUGUAAAAGUCAAAAAGAACAAAACACAAAAAAAGUUGGAAAGUAAACAGAACAGCCGAAAGGUUACUGAUUAUUAUCCCAUCAGGAGAAGUUCCAGAAAAAGUAAAGCAGAGUUGAAGUGUGAAGAACAGCAACACAUCGAUGAUCUGAUUGCAAACAAUGUGGAAGAUGGACUAAAGGUCCGAUAUAUUGAAGGAAAAGGAAGAGGGAUUUUUGCAGACCGAGACUUCCAGAAAGGCCAGUUUGUUGUUGAGUAUCAUGGAGAUUUGCUUCAAAUAGCUGAGGCCAAGAAGAGAGAGACACAGUAUGCACAAGAUCCUACAAAAGGCUGCUACAUGUAUUACUUCAGCUACCUGAACAACAACUAUUGUGUGGAUGCUACAAAAGAAACUUGUCGACUUGGCCGACUGAUCAACCACAGCAAAAACGGGAACUGCCAGACCAGACUACAUGAUAUAAAUGGUGUGCCCCAUCUUAUUUUGGUAGCUUCUAGACACAUUAAAGCAGAAGAAGAGCUGCUUUAUGACUAUGGAGACCGCAGUAAAGAAUCAAUUGCUGCUCACCCGUGGCUCAAACACUGACAAUUUAAAUGUUAAAGAUCUCAGAGACUAGCUUUAGUCAUGUUAAUAUAGUGUUCACUUGCAUUUAUAAAGUUUAUUUUAUUGUGUAGCCAGUCCUUAGAAUCGUCCAUUGACAUCUGUUUUUAAAGUCAAUUAGUAUCUGGUCAGAUUUGUAAAUGGUGUAUGCAAACCAGAGUUGGGGAACAACAACAAAAAAAUACCAUGAUGGAUACCAUAGAUACCAUGCCUGUAAUGAUCUGCUUUGUGGAAAAGGUGUCUUGUAUUUCUGUAAGGAAUGGACGAUUCUGGUUUAUAUUGUAAGUAAUGUUUGGCUUUUAUAGCUCACUUCUGUAUGUGCAGCUGAUGUGUAAAAAAUGCAUUUUUAUAUAAAUAUGAAUUGAUGAAUCAAAUUUGACAUUUUUGAAGAACGUAUUCGUUUUUCUAGAUCAAUAAAGUCUUUUUAUCUGUG